UUUGACAACGGGGGAUUGAUGAGCUAGAAUAUUAUGUUAUAUUUUAUUUCUCAUCUUCCACAUCGUUUAAGAAAAUUAAAGGCGGUAUUGGGCCAUGGCAAUCCAUAUUUCAUACCCACCUUUUAUUCCUUUUCUGACUAUUUCUCUCAGUCUUUUGCUUUCCUUCUUCUUUACUUCUGCUGAUAUUAUUGUGCCUCUUUUUCCACCCGAGUUUCUGGUAGCCGAAGUGCGAAAAGGUGUGGUUAGACCUUAGACGCUUCACAGAUUCUUCUCUGGAUUAUGCUCAUUUGAAAGAAGUUACUUUGCAUCAGGAAUGGGUUCAGGUGAUUGGUUUAAGACAAUAAUUAGCUUAAGAAAAUCAAAAGAAGGCAAUUCAAAGAAAGUAAAGGGAUCUUCAGCCUCCAAGAAACAAUCUGCAUUGAAGUUGAAGAAUUAUACGGGAAAUGAUUCAAGUAAUUUAACAAAUGGCACUGAGGGUUCAAAUCUUGUGUCACCUGGGGUGCCAGUUGAAACUAUUGCAGCAACAAUGAUCCAGACCGCAUUCCGGGCUUAUUUGGCUAGAAAAUCUCUACGGCGCUUGAAAGGUUGUGCAAAACUUAAGGUCAAGAUACAAGGUCAUUCUGUUAAAGACCAAGCCAGUAGAGCUGUAAGCUGCAUUCAUAAAUGGAGCAAGAUUCAAGCUGAGAUUAGAACUCGCCGAAUCUUUAUGGUCACUGAAGAUAGGAUCAGGCGGAAGAAACUUGAAUCUCAACUUAAACUUGAGGCAAAGCUCCAUGAUUUAGAGGUGGAAUGGAGUGGUGGUUCUGAAACCAUGGAGGAGACUUUGGCUAAGAUACAUCAGAGAGAAGAAGCAGCUGUUAAGCGUGAAAGAGCCAUGGCUUAUGCCUUUUCUCAUCAGUGGAGGGCUAACUCUAACCAAGGGCUUGGUAGUUAUGAACCUAACAAAGCUAAUUGGGGUUGGAGCUGGAAGGAACGCUGGAUUGCUGCUCGUCCAUGGGAAAGCCGUGUCCUUGAGAAGCCAAUUAACCCCAAGAAAGCUCAAACUAGGCAGCUCAAAAUGGUUCAAAAGGACAAGAACCCGUCAACACCAAAAACACCAGUUUCAGUUAAACCUCCUGUGGCUAAUGCAAAAAGGACUUCAAAAGUGACUUCAAAAGCUAGGAGAUUAUCUUAUCCUGCCCCAGAGAAUAAUGUGGUUCAUGAGGAAAGCAAUAAAUCCUGAGGAGAAUCAAACCUGUUUGUUACUGUUUAUGACUUGAGCUGAGUCAAAUUGAUUUUCUGUUUGUCCCAAUGUAAAAAGCCAAGGUAGAAGAGCAAUCUUAUUUAUAGUGGUUAUUUCCAAUUAAGAGAAUACUGGACUUCGAUGAAUCUGAAGACAUUUUGGCAGUGGAGAAUAGGUCGCCAGACUGGCAUGAGUGUGAUUGAUUGGUUGAUCCUUCUUCUUUUUCUUCUUCUUCUGAUCAUGUAUGUUCAAAGAAAAUUCAAAAUGUAGAUAUAACAGUCUUUUCUCUCUACCUAUUCCUUUUCUUGGUGUAAGAGAGCUUUUGUAAGCUUGGUGGGAUUGCUUUUGCAGAUUGUUACAAUUUCGUUUCCAUGUACGAGUUUCUCAACAACAUUGUGUAUAACUAUAUUCUGGUUUAUCCACCAUCCUUCGCCUGUA